AUGCAACGCAUAUGCGGAAUAGUAGAGAAAACAAUCUUGAACUCUGCGAAAAGCUGUGGGGCCAUUAGCUAGAAAAAUUAGAUCUGCCAUGCCGCUUUCUUCCUGAAGCUCCUUAACUCCAUUAGCCAGGGACUAUGCAAAUGAUAAUUAGGUCAUCUGGGUAUCUCUUGUAGUGGGAAACCGCCAUUAGGCCUUCCUCUGCAGAAUUCUGAUUUUCAUCUUCUGUCCUCAAAUUCACUUGCGGCUCGUGGCGUUUUUGUCCUCAACCAUUGGCAGUAGUGUUGCGGCAGCAUGCUGUGUUAUUGGUUGUUGCCGAGGAGGAAAGAUUGAAGUUGUCAUCAUGAUAUUUCUGGGAAAAGCAAGAUUGGUCUUUCUUUCUCUAGUGUCUCAUUAUGUUAUAAAAUUUUGCACUGGAGGAGAUGUCAUCACUGCAACAGAGUAUAUCCAAGACCCUGCAAGUAUAACAUCAAGUGGAGGUCUCUACAGUAUGGGAUUCUUUAGCCCUAAUGGUUCUGCAAAUCGCUAUGUAGGGAUUUGGUACAAUAAGGUUCCUACAUCUAAUGUUCUCUGGGUAGCGAACAGGGAGAAUCCAAUUUUUGACUCUUCUGGUGUUGUGAAGAUAUCCGGUGAUGGUAAUCUUGUGGUCAUGAAUGGAAAGAGGGAAUCAGUUUGGUCAUCAAAUGUUUCCAACUCUGUAACCGAUGCAAAAGCUCAGUUGUCAGAUUCUGGGAAUCUGGUCUUGCUCAAACAGACCUCUAACUCUAGUGCAAAUGAUUCAGAGACUCUCUGGGACAGUUUCCAGCACAUGACCGAUUCAUUCUUACAGAAAAUGAAGCUGACUACCAACUCAAGAACAAAUGAGACGCAGGCAUUAACGUCUUGGAAAAGCCCUUCUGAUCCAUCAAUUGGAAGCUUCUCAGCGAGUCUUGAUCUGCAUAACAUUCCUGAACUUUUCAUUCGGAAUGGCAGUUCUCUGUAUUGGCGAAGUGGUCCAUGGAAUGGUAAUAUAUUCAUUGGAGUACCGAAGAUGCAAUCAGUCUAUAUUAAUGGGUUUACCCUGGUGGAUGAUCACGAAGGAACAGUCUAUCUGACUUACAGUUUUGCUGAGGCAUCUUACUUGUCAUAUUUGUUAUUGAAAUCAAAUGGGGAUUUGGUGCAACCAUACUUGGAUCGGAAUAGCAGUUCCUGGGGGAUUGUUUGGUCAUCUCGGGUGAGUGAUUGUGAUGUCUACGGCCAGUGUGGACCGUUCGGAAUCUGCAAUGCCAAGAAUUCACCAAUUUGUAGCUGUUUGAGAGGCUUUGAGCCAAAAAACUUCGAGGAAUGGGGCAGAGGAAAUUGGUCCGGUGGAUGCAUUCGGAAGUCAUUGCUGCAGUGCAAUGGAACUGCAAAUGGUAGCAGUACAGCCAGCAAAAAGGAUGGAUUUUUAAAGCUGGAAAUGAUGAAAGUGCCAAAUUCGGGAAUUUUUUAUUCUACACUGGAAAGUGAUUGCCCAGGAAAUUGCUCAAUUAAUUGUUCAUGUGUAGCAUAUGCAUUUGACCCUGGUGUUGGCUGCAUGUUCUGGAUACAAGACCUAAUUGACCUACAGAAGUUCUCCGUUGGAGGAACAACUCUUUACGUUCGGCUGGCCCACUCAGAACUCGAUGAAAAGGGACAUCUGAGAGAAAUCAUAGCAACUACAGUCAGCAUAGGAACACUCAUUGUUAUCAUCACAAUAUGGUUUGCCACAAGGAAGGUGAAAAAACGAGCAUUAAAGGAAAGUAAGGAAAAACAUUUGUCCAGUGGAGAAGCCCCUUCAGUUGUAAUGCUUGGAGAGAACUUGAGCAGAGUCGAGUUCCAGGAGUUUGUAAAAUAUAAAAUUGAAGAAUUGGCUGCCGCAACAGGAAACUUUGGUGAGGCCAAUAAGCUUGGGCGGGGUGGUUUCGGGCCAGUAUAUAAGGGGAGACUGCCAAACGGUCAGGAAAUAGCAGUCAAGAGGCUAUCGAGAGCCUCAGGACAAGGACAGCAGGAAUUUAUUAACGAAAUGGUGGUCAUUUGUAAGGUCCAACAUCGAAAUCUCGUGAGACUGCUUGGAUGCUGUGUUGAAGGAGAUGAGAAAAUGUUAAUCUAUGAAUUCAUGCCAAACAAGAGCCUAGACACAUUUCUUUUUGAUCCACUAAAACGAGUACAUUUGGAUUGGAGAACACGGUUCAACAUUGUUGAUGGAAUUUGUCGAGGUUUGCUUUAUCUUCAUAGGGAUUCUAGACUAAGGAUUAUACAUAGAGAUUUGAAGGCAGGCAAUAUCUUGCUGGAUGAAGAGCUCAAUCCAAAAAUUUCCGACUUUGGAAUGGCUCGGAUAUUUGGAGGAAAUGAAAAUCAAGCUAAUACACGAAGAGUUGUGGGAACCUAUGGCUACAUGGCUCCUGAAUACGCAAUGGAUGGGCGAUUUUCAGAAAAAUCAGAUGUCUUUAGCUUCGGCAUAUUAAUACUGGAGAUCAUAAGUGGGAGACGGAACACGAGUUUUCAUGAUGAAGAUCAAUGCUUGAGCCUUCUAGGAUUGGCAUGGAAGUUAUGGAAUGAAGACAAUGUUCUAGCACUAGUGGACCCAAACAUACCUGCUGAAUGCUUUGAGGUUCAGCUUUUAAGGUGCAUAAAUGUGGGGCUUCUCUGUACGCAAGAAAGGGCAAAAGAUAGGCCUUCCAUAUCAACUGUUAUUUCAAUGAUCAACAGUGAAGUGGAUCUUCCUCGUCCAAAGAAACCUGCAUUCACCCCGAGGAAAAUAACCCAAGACACAGAUUCCUCUGGACAAAGCCAAAAGACAUGUUCUGCCAACGAUGUUACUCUUAGUGUUCUUCAAGGCAGAUGACAUAAUCUGAAUUUUUGCACGAUUCUCACUAUAUGUCCUGUUCUUACCGUUUCAAGUUACUAGUUUUAUUUUUACGCAAUCUUUUUGGGAAAUGUAUAGAAACGCAAAACAUGACUAUUUUUUUUUUCCACUUUGUAGUUCUUUACUACAGAUAUUUGUGUCAUCAAAAGUUGGGGUUCAAAAAUUUGGUGCCUGCUAA